AUGCCUGUCCACGAACACACACAUGUACAGUCAGGAGCAGCAACAGCCGCAGAAUCGAACCAUUACGUCGUGAUUCAAGUCGCAGCACCAGAUGGCGAGAAGCAUCCGAUGAAGGUAAAGACAGGGGAUGAUGUAUCCACGCUUCGAGCGCUGGUGAUGCAGAUGUUUGAUAACAGUGACUGGACCCAAGUAGCGGACAAGCGAGAGGAUAGAUCAAACUACUCUGACAUUCUUGACGAAGACACGGGAUUUGCCGAGGUCAUUGCCCUCCAGUCAAAUCCCCAAGGUCAAACUCAGAGCUACAUGGAUCGUUUUUCUGGGAGACCUCGAUCUUGGCUUGAGUGGGCUGACAAGAGAGGGAAACUUCGCCUGAUGUGUGGAGCUUACAUUCUUGAGGAUGGCAACUCGCUGGACUACUAUCACAUCGGUGAAGGAGCUGUCAUUCACCCUCUUUACGAGAGGUAUGGCGACACGUUAGACGCCUCUGCAGCCAUGCUGAUCGACCCGACAUGGUACAAGCAGCAGUACCUGCAGGCAAAGAGCUUGUGCUCGGAGAUGUCGAACUGGGACUGGCGAUCAACGGCUGACAAGGCCAAGGACUACUUCGCGCUUCCUUCCUCUGAGGGAAUUCUUGGAGCAGCGACAAGUUCGUCAUCGAGUCAGUCACACGAUCAGGCGCAGCCUCCAGUUCCCUCAGAGCAGCAGGCUGGCUGGUGGAAAAAUCCAUCGCUCAUGAUGCCAAGAUGGAGCAGCGUGAUGGGGGAUAAGACGUCCAACACAGUUGAUAAGAGCAACGACGAGCUGUAA